AACGGCAAGCAAGCGAAGGUGGCGAUCGAGCACCGCCAUGGGGCAACCAAGAACAGAGCUCCUCGCCCUCGCAUUCCUUCUCGUCGCCCUCGCCGCCGCCGUGGCCGCCGCGGCGACAGAGGUGGUAGACGCGGCGCCGGCACCAGCGAGGACGAGGACGACGACGGCGGGGUGCCGGCGCGGCGACCUGGUGGUGCGGCAGCGCGCGACGGGGCGCGUGGUGGAGGGGAAGCCCGAGUACGCGGUGGAGGUGCGGAACGCGUGCCGGUGCGCGCAGUCCCGCGUGCUGCUGCGCUGCUACGGGCUCAGCAGCGUGGAGGCCGUGGACCCGCGCGCCAUCCGCGCCGUCGACGGCGAGCGCUGCCUGCUCCGCGGCGGCCGGGCGCUGGCGCCGCGCGGGGGCGCCGUGCGCUUCACCUACGCCUGGAUGACGCCGCAGGACUUCCCGCUCCUCAGCUCGCGCCCGCACUGCUAGCCGUUCCAGUACCUUACUUUAGCUCUGGCCUGGGCUGUUCCUGUAUUACAAUUGUUGUUGGUACGCACUGAUUCAUUCAGCAAGGAAGAUGAUGAUUGGCCUGGGUC